AUGACCUCACUUCAGCCUUCGUGCAUUUGUCCUGAAGUCCCUGUUACGCUAGCAUCGAGCGACUCAAAACAGACUCCAAUUACCGAGGCGAGGUCACCAGCGAUGACCACCUCAGAUAGCGGCCAUGCCUCAGAUGGCAUUGUUAAGGAUGUGGGAAAUAAAGAGGUCCAACCAAAAUCUAGAAACACAAAUAUUUUCCGAUGGACGCUCGGAUUGGUGGUGCGGCUUUGUAUCUGGUAUACAUUGCUCACCCCAUUUUUUCGAUGCCCGGUUCAACUAUCGGGCUUGAAUGAGUCCUCUCCGCGAGUCUGCAAGCCGUAUCUUGUCGCCCGCUCCUAUGUUGAGCCUCACGUUCUUCCAUACUACAACACCUACGGCGCGCCUUACGUUGAGAAAGCCCGUCCGUAUGUGGUGGUUCUCAACGAGAAGGUUUAUACUCCUGCCGCGGAUGUCGCUAAGCUUGGCUACGAUAAAUACGGUGCACCUGCUUUGGACCAGGCUCAUGCUUACGGAUCCAAGCAGUGGGAAAAGCAAGUUGCUCCUCUUGUACAAUCCGCAAAGGAUGGUGCGAGCGAGUUGUAUAAUGCCGAGGUAGCACCUCAAGUCCGAAGGGUCACGGCAGCGGUGUCGCCUUACUAUCAAAUGGCGAACUCCGCCUUUGAGACAACAUGCGUUGGUUAUAUUCAACCUUUCCUUGCUCGGACAAGACCCUUCAUUGGAAAGACAUAUACCUCUGGUCAGAAUGUUCUAACAACUACGGUCAUGCCCUAUGUUCAAACGUCAUGGUCAUCCGUUAUCUAUUUUGUGAACAGCUGGUUGUGGCCACAAGUUACCGGUCUUUACUCCGAGAAUGUUGAACCUCAAUUAGUCAAAAUCGGGCAGAGACUAGCCAGCUAUCAAGCCAGCAAAACCGAGUCAUCUUCCACAACUUCUACAACUGUGGUCUCAUCCACAUCUCGUGCAUUGUCCCCUACAGAAUUGGCAGCACAGACUCGGGAGAAGAUCGAGUCAGACCUGCGGACCUGGCAGGAAAAGUUUUCAGUGGCUGCUGAUAAAGGUGUCGAAGAUCUUGAAGAGCGCCUAUACGAGCUUGUCGGGAACUAUGUAAAUGGCGGGGCCAAGUAUCAUGGGGAGAGCCUUGUAACGGCUCUGGAAACCGCUGUGGAACACGAGCUCUCGGCUGUCAAGCUUCGUAUAGGCGAGUUGACUGAGGCUUUGCCUAAUGAAUAUUCUCCCGCGGAGCAAACGGCGCAAAGUGAACUUCUGAAGGACAUCAGACAAGCCGCAGUCAUCAUUAGGGAUCGCGCUCAUGCUAUCCGAGAAUGGCACAAUUCAUUUGAUCAGGAGUUAGUGCACCGUGUCUCUUCCAGAGUAAAUUCUACCCUAGAUGUGCUUGACAGUGUGCGUGACCUGGGGCUCCAGGAAAUAGGCAUGCGCUGGGCUUGGAUGGAUGGUGUUACCUACAAAGAUUGGGCAAGGUAUCAUGCACUGAAAGCACAGUUUGAAGAUUGGAAGGGUAAAUUCCGGGAGGUUGGCAUGCGCCAUCCAAAAUUGGAAGAUGCCAGGGCACUCUCAGAUGAUAUCUUAUCUCGUGGAAUGGAUACCGCCGAAGCUGCCGCGAAAGAGCUUGCCAGGCUGAAAGAUGUCGGUAGAUGGAAGAUUGCGGCUCGGGAAGUAAGUGACAACUUCGAUACUAGGUCCGGCCCUCCUCCACCACGGCCAAUGCCUAGUGAGCCGUCCAAGCCCGCUCCCGAAGAGCAUACCCUAGAUACAGACUCUGCAGAUCACGAAGCUUCAAUGCACCAUGAAGCCGGCAACGCUAGCUCAGCAGCACAGGGUAUUGCGGAAUCCGAAGACCAAGCGCUGGGCCAUGACGAUGCACCUAUAGCACAUGACCAAGUCACUUCGGAGGGCGGGGAAUCUUCGAGCGAAGAACUGGAGCCAUCUGAUGCUCGUGCGGAAUCUGAUAGUCAUAUAAAGACCGACCCACUCACAACGCAGCCAACUGACAGGGAGGAAGACACCACGAGAUCAACUUGGGGCGUAGCUGCAGCUGAAGCUAUGUCGAAACAAGGCGGAACUGAAUUCGAGGAAGUUCCCGAGAAUAUUCACAGUGGUUUCAAUAGUGCUCGUGAAAACUAUGCGGAUGCUGAAAGAUCAGCUGGAGCGGGAUCAUCUACGUCGCUUGAGCAGGCGGCUCACGAACAACUCGAUGACACUGACAACCUUCAUAAGCCCCAAGCCCCAAGCCCUUCCAGCGCUCAUUAUGAAGCUAUUGAAAACCUCGUCUCUGAGCUGCUCGCCGGGAAAGACCCUUCUUUUGCCCAGGACGUGAUGGACAAACUACACGCUAUUUAUGGUACCUCACACUCCGAACCACAGAGAGAUUAUGUUGCAAACGAUAGGACGGCUUCCAUUCUAUCCUCAUCGGCUACUAGCAUGCCCGUUGGUGAAGACUCUGUAAAGGAUAAUUUUGAACAACCUGAAGGUUUUACACCUGUUGCGGAGUCUGCCGCUAGCAGUGAUGUUUACACCCCAAGCGAGCCUGCUUUUCCUUUGGAAAGCACAGAGGAACAGCACACAAGAACUGCUACCAACAAAGACGACUUCAUUCUGGACACCACCGAGACUGCAUAUCGUAUGCAGAACUCGGGCGACAGCCUUGAAGAGACGCCUGCUAGAGACGAUGUAUGA